AUGGACAAACUAUCCCUCCAUGUUGAUCUUGCUGGAAAGAUUAAUGGUAUUAUCAGGGAGAUGGGGCUUAGAGAAGUGGGGCAAUUAGAGCAAGACCUUGUCUUUGGAGAUGCAGGAACAAAAGAUAUCAUUAAGUUUCUCAAAGAACAAGAUGCAACAGAUGAACAAAAGAUCCGAUUAUUAAUGAUAUAUGUAGCAACUCAUCCCGAGAAAUUUGAGACUGAUAAACUUGCAAAGAUAUUGGAGUUAGCAGAUUUGCUUCCUGAAGAUAUGAAGGCAAUUUACAAUAUGAGAUUUCUGGAGUCAGCACCAGAUAGUAUGAACAACUCAAACAGUGGCUUCCCACUAAAAUUUGAUAACAAGAAGAGGCAUGGUCUUAGAAAAGAUCGUCCUGGUGAAGAAGCGGCAUGGCAGUUAUCACGCUUUAUCUAUCUAGAAUAAAAAAACCUGAUCUAUGGAUCUAAUCUAAAAGCUCAGGAACUGGACGAACAAAUAGAAAAACAGAAAUUGGAGAUAAAUAUUCUCGAGGCAUCAGAACAAUCAGUAGUUGAUGAAGACAAUGUAGAAGAGCAUACAGGGGUAGAAGUGUCAAGAAUCACGACAAAAGACAACUUUAGACUUGAGCUUGAACUGCAGAAAUUUCAAGAAUCACAAGAAAAGUUGAAAAUCCCAUGAGAGCAUAGUAGCAGAUUAGAUGAAUUCUUGCUGUUUUUCACUUAGCUACACUAGAGAUGGAACAAGCGAUGCCCCUGCUCUACAUGAGGUAAUAAUUAAAGCUCUUUC